CUUCAUCCAAACCUCCCUCCCUCUCUGGGUACAGCGUGCUUGUGGCAGGGCAUGCUCUUGCACAGCACAUUGCCAUGUCGGCUCCGGACUCUUUUCGCUGUCCUGCGGGCGUUGGAAUCGACGCUGUGAUUUACAUCUGAGUUACACAGGUCGAGUUUAUCGUUCAUCCUUAUGCUGUGGUGAGCGACGCAAUAUCAGUUCGUAUUACCUAGCCAACUUAUUUCGACACUAAUGCAGGCCAAGGGGAAGGCACAAGGACAAGAUGACAUCUAUGACCACUCUGUUCCACGUAGGACCGGGUCCUGAAGAAUUCGUGGAAUUCAACGAAUCAUUCGGAUCAAAGGCUUUCCUACAACAUGUCUGGAACUCUCAUGUCACGCCUAUCAAUGACAAUGAUCUUUCCGGGUCAAAACUUCACUCUGCCAAGGCGCGUGUGUCCAAUACGCAGCCGCCGUGCAUAGAAUUUCCUACGAUCCUGCGAAAACGCGGCAAAGGCAAUUCCUACAAGUUCUCCGGUCGGUGGAUCAGCUGGGACGAACUUUCGCGUCGAAAUCCUCUCGCCGUCAAGUCACCGCCUAGUCUGGAAGAGUUCAUGGCGAGAGGUGGAAAAGUCGGAGAAGGCAAGGCGAUCUCCCCAGGAGGGUGGUUAGGUGCAGAUAAUGUGCUGCGCAAAAAGGCCGAAAAGGCUGUCAAAGAAUCCGGAAAGGCCGAUGGCUGGAUUGGCAAAGGUUCGGCGGAGAGCAUUUAUGCCCCGAAAGCUACCGCGCUACCAGACGCAGCACCUCCUGCCGUCCUGCCCAAGCUUGCCAAUGGCGUCCCGUCUGCAUCGAAUGAUGGAGUCGCCAGCAUCGGUGGCGCUCAUAGCACCAUAACCCCAGAGACUCCAAGUCCGCGCAAAGCGGGAGGAGCUCAACUCGAAUCCAUGCUGGAUCGACUGCGUAAUGCGCGAAGUGGACUUGGAAGUGGCGCCAGCAUCUGGGCAUCGCGCAGCGCUGCGAUGGAGACGCUCAAGCAAGAGACAUUGGUCGUAGCAGGAGAGAAUGCAGAGGUACCCGGAUCACCCAAAUCCCAAGCGCGAGAUCGGACAGAUCAGAUCGAUGCGGACAUUGGAAAAAGCGGGUCAAAAGAUGCAGAGGACUGGCAUCCUAAGGGAGUUCAAGCUCCCUCGGCCACCAAGACGCAUACGCCAGUGCUAUCAGAAGCCCCGCAAGUAGCUGUGGGGGCGGCAGCAGAAAAGAAGAAGUCGCGACGAGUGCGAGGGAAAGAGAAGGAACGAGAUAAGACGCGUGAGCCCGCUCAUGUUUCAGUAUUUGGGUCUGCAGAGCAAGCCGAGCUCUGCACUCAACCUCAUGGGAUAGAGGAGCAGCCAGAAGUGAGCCAGGGAGGCGAAGAACAGACCGACGUCUCGGAUCCAUCGCCGGGCAAGAAGGAGAAGAAGCGCGGGCGUCGAGGACACAAAUCUUCCGCCGCUGGUUCCUCCAGUCUGGAGGCUGCGAGUACCCGGCAGAAACUUCAAGUGUCUUCCUCCCCAGAUUGCAGGGAUGCCUUUGGGUCUCGAGGAGAGGCGAACGAAGACAUGCAUAGGUUAGAGACGCAAGAAGUGGAAGAGCCUGCAAACGACCCAUCGGACGUGUCGGCACUUUCCAUAGCCGACCCGAGCUUCUCUGAGCCUGCUGUGCCGGCAUCUCCGCAAGGGGCUGACGAUGAACAAGGGUCGGGCCUGAUUGAAGACGAAGCAACACUGCCUUCAUCAUUACAGAGUGGUACGGUAACCAAGCAGGGUGCGGUUGGCCCGGACCCCGCUGCUGGCCGGAUUUUGGUACCAGAUUCAACCUCCGCAGGAGCAGCAAUCUCAUUUGAACAAAGACUAGGACAAGGCAACGGAUUCGCCGCGGCGGCAGCGGCUGAAGAGGUACCAAAGGCUAUGAAAUCCUCAACAGCCCCGCCGGCGGCGCAUUUCAGCUGGGCCGACGACAACCAAGAUGAAGAAGAACUUCCAGACCUGGAAGACUGGGGGAUCUCUCUCGAAUCAAUCAAACUCGCUGCCUCCUCGAUGUCUCUAUCAAAGAUUGUCUCCAACGCUAACACGCAACAUUCCAAUGCGGCAAGCAUCGGUACCCGUGCAAGUCCAAUCUCUGGGCAUGCGACGAUGGCUGACUCUCACAAUGUGCGUCAUAACGCAGGCCAAUCAGCCGCGUCUGGGGAAGGAGACUGGCGCAACACCCGUCAAUGUAAGCAGCGGGGAGUCGGAGGCAGUGGCAAGGCGGAAAGGAAGCACAAGGUAAAGGGCGAGCUUUUCGGCGCUGCUAGCGGCGGGGGCGAUCAAACAUGCAAUUCGUCGUGCAGCGAGCUGCCGAGCGAGAACGUUAAGGAUGUGAAGAUCAGACAGGAGCAAUAUGAAAGUGCGGCACCUGUUGCUCGCAAGCCAGUAGUAAAGCUCCAGAUUCGCGGCCGCGCAGCAGCAGCAGCGGCGGCGGCGGCAGAAGGCAACGGACAUUCUGCGGAGGCGGUCGCUGCAACUUCAGGUUCGAACUUGAGCUUGCCACGUCCAAAAGCGCAGACCUCAUUUGCCCCCCAGCCGCUGGCAGCACCAAAAACAACGCGCAGUGCUGCGCCAGAGGCUCCAUCUUGGAAAAAAGCGCUCUCCGCGAUCGACUCCGUCGCCACCCGCAAUGCAAACGGGAACGACUACUUGUACUGGGAACGAAGAGGCUCUUCUCAGUACGUUCGUGGUGGAGCAGAGCCGGCAAUGACGAUGCGCAAGCCCGAUCAGCCGCACCGACGUCCUCGCAUCACUGCUGAUCAGGGCACGUUCGCCCGAUUGGCAGGUGACAUCCUGGCUACGAACGGAGCAGGCGCCGCUGCUGCUGCUUCCGCACCAGGCGCAGGUCCUACGCUAAGAAUUGGGAGAGCAACAGGGAACAAAGCUUGAACGAGAGAGUGAGAUCAUCCCAUCCGCCACCACCUUGUCAACAGUAUGUACCGCAUUAUCUAUCUCAAGAGAGAUCUCAGAGGGGACUAUUUCAUCUGCAAACCGGUAAAUUAGAGUGACGCCUUCAGCGAGCGUCAGGAUUGUAUAUUCUAUCUACCAUGUAGAAUCUUUGUAUUUCUUUCC